AUGCCCCUCGCGCCAGAGCCAGAGCCGCCGCCGCAGGCACGGCGCUCCAAGCCUGUUGCCCUUGCCACACACACAUAUCAUCGAGGCAUGCACAUACUCGUAAUCAUUGGUCAGCUCCCUCGUGGAGUCACCGUCAAAACAAAGAAGUGGUGGCGAUUCCUUUCGGGGGUGGUGUUAGUCUUGCUGGCUGCAGCGCAGGCGGUCGUGCCAGCAUUGCAGUGCAAGACCUUUGCCUGGUCGAGCAUACUCCCCUUGAUCGAGCUCAAAGCUUGCGAAACCAUCUCGAAUCUGCCGCCUGCCGCAUAUCUGAAAGCCCGGAGACUAUCAGUUCCUGCUAUUCAGUGCAGACUGUAUGGUGUUGCAAUGUUGUUGCAAAGGCCUUCCUUUUCAUGUCCUGGCUCAGAUGAUGUGAUGUGGAUAUGGUGGUGCAACAGACAAGGUGCAAUCCAGACGGAAGGCAUUGACUUCGUCCAUGACCUUCCGCACUUCUUGAUUCUGCUCUUCGCGCUCCAGCGGUUCGAGCUGGACAACUGGUGGUUCAACAUUUCGCUAGACCAGCAGCCUCAUGCCAUCCAUUCCUCUGAUCCAGCUUCCAGAGGCAUUGGUAUUGGCUCCACCAGGUAUAUCAAGCUCAUGGUACUCCGAGCUUCAGGCAAGUUGGCGAGAAAUCACAAUCAAUACGAGCUGGCAGGUGCAUCAGGCGUAUGGCCUGGCUGGGCGAUGCACUGCUCUGGCAAGGUUGAGUCUUCUGGCAACAGCCCUGUGGCUGGUGGUGCGACUGUGGCAUCCAAACUCUCCACGGAGCUGCAAGAAGUAACAGUAAAGAUCUACUGGCAGGAGGAAUUGCGUUCAUACCAAGCCGAGGGUCCCAGGGAAGCGUCCAUGAUGGGGUUUAAGAUGGAUGCCUUGGGUCAUCAUCCGGAUCCGCUUUUCACGCAUAUCACCACAUUGGUCAGCACGGCGUUCAUGAAAGCGUGGCUUGAUUGCGUUCACACUGCUGGCGUAGAGGGUCAAGGCCGCUAUGCGCUUUGGGAGCUGGGUAUCGAGGAUGUCAAGCCCAGAUUGUCAAUUCUCAUGGCUGGCAAGGGUGGCCACGGGUUCUUGAUCAACUGGGAGUUGGCGACGAUGUUCGGGCAGUCAAGUCACGACGGGACCUCCCACCUUGAGACCGUGCCCUUCACGGUCUUAUACCUACUCGACGAGGAAUAUUGGGCCAGCAAGAUCAAGCACCAGUAUAACCAUGGCCUCAAAGGCUUCUUGUAG